AUGGGGUGCGGCGCGUCCACGCCGCGGUCGAUGCUGUACCCGCGCGCGCCGCGACGACGACCGGUUCGCAGGAAACCCACCAAGGCGGAACUCCUGAAGGAGCGCGCGGACGUCAACUUCUUCGACGCGUCCGAGGCGCACCAUCACGGCGAGCACGAACGCGCGCUCGAGCAGCUGACGCUCGCGCUCAAGCUCGACCCGAAGCACAAGCGCGCGCGUCUGACGCGCGCGGAGGUGUGCCUCGCGCUGAAGAAGUACGACGACGCGUUGGAGGACGCGUCGCAGGCGAUCGCGCUCGGGCAUCCGGACGCGUACCGCGUGCGAGGCGACGUCCACCUCGCGCGGAAGCGGUUCCGAGACGCGCUCGCGGAUCUGACGAUCGCCGUGAAGGUGGAGCCGAACGAUCGAAGAGCGUGGGCGUCGCGCGCCGCCGCGCACGCGGGCCUCGGGAACGACGCGAAGGCGAAGGAGGACGUCGCGGAGGCGGCGAAGCGCGAGGCGGCGAAAGAAGACGCGGGCCUGUGCGUCGUCUGCAUCGACGAGCCGCGCGCGACGCGGCUGAAUCCGUGCGAACACUCCGCGCUGUGCGAAGCGUGCGCGACGGAGUGCCGGGAGACGCUGGGGUGCUGCCCGAUAUGCAACACGAUGAUCAAGGCGAUCGAGUACGGGAUGUUCAUGAACACGUUCGCGCCGACGAACACGGCCGCGCUGGGGGGGCUCGCGAGCGCGAUCAAGAGGGCGCGCGAAGAAAACGCGCAGAUGGCGACGCUGUCGAGGAUCGGCGAGGGCUCGCCGCUGAUGGACGAGUCGGACGACGACGGCGAGAUCACGGAGAGCAGCGAGGGCGGCAGCUUAGUCGGCGUCGGCGUCGGCGACGCGAACGCGAACGCGAGAGCGGCGAGGGGCGACGACGCGGCGGCGGCGGGGAGGGGCGACGGGGGCGAGCGCGCGGCGACGCCGCCGCCGCACCGCGACUACUCGCAGUACACCGUCGGCGAGGACAUGCGCGUGGAGAGCGCGCCGUGUACGCCCGCGGUGUUGAGAGGCGGUCUCGCCGCCGCGGACGGGAACGGGCUGAGCGAUCUGCUCGCGGCGACGCCGGCGGCGAUGGGGGGCGAGGCGGUCGUCGAGGACGCCGAGGACGGGGAAGGGGAGGAGGAGGAGGAGGAAGACGCGGACGGGCCGACGCCGUUGAUUGGGGGGGUGGAGACGAUCACGCCGCAGGGGACGAUGCUCGCCGCGGGGGCGUGA